CGCGGAUCAACCCCAAUGUCCCAAAAUAUCGAGGAUAUCGACGACCCAUCGGUCAGGGAGCAGAUCUUUGUCCACGACAUUUACAACCACAUUGCACCGCAUUUCUCACAGACUAGAUACAAGCCGUGGCCGAUUGUGGAGGACUUCCUUCUAACCCGCUCCAAGGGGAGUGUGGGCAUUGACGUUGGAUGUGGCAACGGAAAAUACUUGGUUGUGAAUAAAGACAUUUUUAUUGUGGGCUCUGACAGGUCGUCUGGGUUAAUUGACCAGGCCAGCCAAAUCAACAGACGCGGUCAUAACGAUAUUUUGGUCAGCGACGGGAUGCGUUUACCCCACCACGAAAACCUGUUUGACUUCGGUAUCAGCAUUGCGGUGAUUCACCAUUUCUCCACCGAUGAAAGAAGAGUUGCUGCCAUCAAGCACAUUCUCCUGAAACUCAGGUCUGGCGGGGAGGUGUUGAUCUACUGCUGGGCGUUGGAGCAGGAAAAGUCCCGUAGAGGGUACAAGGAAGGCGACCCCCAAGAUGUGUUAGUCCCAUGGAUCUUGCAGGCCAACAAGAAGGCUGAGAAAAAGGUCAGGCCGCAAAGACAGAAAAAACAGCGUCCGAUGGCGGGGAGCCUGGAAUCAGGGCCUGUAGAAGAACCAUUGAGAGAACCGGCGCUGGAAGAGAAGGAAGGGGUUCCAGAAACCAAAAUGAGAUACUAUCACUUGUACAAGAAAGGUGAGUUAAUUGAGAACGGUGAAAAGGCUGGAGGACUUGUCGUGCGAGACGGGUACGAGAGAGACAACUGGUGGAUUGUCCUUAGAAAGCCAUAGAAUGUAUGGUAUUGUUUAAAGAUUGAGACAAUGAAAGGUGUUUGUUGUGGGAUUGGGCGUGACUCGAGUUAUUGGACUACUAGAAGCGGCAGUUUUGUGGUCUAAGCCAUGGCCAGUCUCUGGUUGAUUAUAUGCUUUUCUCAGCUUUUAUAAGUGUUUUUAGACAUGACUUUUGAACUGGGGGAUCCAAAGACCUCCUAUUUACCUAGUUUAGCUAAAUUUUGUCCCCGUU